CUACGAACUCCUGUCAAGAACAGACUCCAGACAAUUUCAGACAGUCCCGGAGCAGACGCAGCCUAGCCCUGGAUUCAAUACUUUUGAUCAAUGGACAGAGCCUCCUCAACGGUCAGCAGAGACCCUUAUCCUCUGACUGGAGUCCUCCCAGGUGGUUGGAGGGGGAUGGAGAGAGGCGGGGAGAGCACCCGCAUGCAGGACAGUCCUGAGAGGAGGGGGGCCAGCCCGGACCUCUGCGGACCCCCGCCCGGCAAGAUAGGACGUCUGGAGCUCAAUGGAAGUCCCACCGGACCACGCCUCCGACUCAACGGCGCCCCCCAAAGGCCCCUGGCAGGUCUGAUGAUCCCGGUCUUCUGCGUGGUGGAGCAGAGCGGUGAGAGUGGCGUGCAGGUGGAGGCGGAGGGUCGUGAGGAGCAUGCCGAGUUUGUCCUGGUGAGGAAGGACAUCCUGUUCUCCCAGCUGGUGGAGACGGCUCUGUUGGCGUUGGGGUACUCACACAGCUCUGCAGCCCAGGCCCACGGCAUCAUCAAGGUGGGCCGCUGGAACCCUCUGCCCAUUCACUUCCUGACAGACGCUCCAGAGGCCACGGUCGCCGACAUGCUGAUGGAGGUCUACCAUAUGGUCACCCUGCGCAUCCAGCUGCAGAGCUUCGCCAGGCUGGAAGACAUCCCGUGUGAGCAGUGGAACCACGCCACGGUGAGGAACGCCCUCAAGGAGCUGCUGAAGGAGAUGAACCAGAGCACUCUGGCCAAGGAGUGUCCCCUGUCACAGAGCAUGAUCUCGUCAAUAGUGAACAGCUCCUACUACGCCAAUGUUUCCAGCAAAUGCCAGGAGUUUGGACGCUGGUAUAAGAAAUAUAAGAGAUCAAGGGUGACUACCUGGAGAAGAUCUGGUGUGGAAGAGACAACUCGGAAAUCAAAGUGGAGAGAGACAGCCUGGCCGACUUCUGUGUCCUUGGUCAGAGACCCCCCCCCUCACCUGGCCGGCCUGGCCCAGCUCAGCCACCUCGGGGGUGGGAGUAGUGGCCCCCUUCUGAAGGGAGGUUCUGGAGACUCCCACGUCCCCUCUCAACCCUCCCAGCAGCAGCCCCAACAGCAGCCCUCCCCCCACAGCCAGCUCCACCACAGCCCCCCUCUCCGUGGCCAGGUGCCCCAACAACCACCCCCUCCCCCCGCCGGACUCCAGCCCCUGCUGGGACCAGGAGGGCUCCUCUCCCCCCAGCUCUCCCCACAGUUGGUCAGGCAGCAGCUAGCCAUGGCCCACCUCAUCAACCAGCAGCUAGCCGUUAGCCGCCUGCUAGCCCACCAGCACCCCCAGGCCCUCAACCAGCAGUUCCUCAACCACCCUCCCAUCCCACGGCCCUGUAAGGGCGGGGCUCCGGGCGACCUGGGUAACAACCCGUCGGCGGCAGAGGUCUCCACUGACAUCUACCAGCAGGUCAGAGAUGAGCUGAAGAGGGCCAGUGUCUCCCAGGCGGUGUUCGCCCGCGUGGCCUUCAACCGCACACAGGGCCUGCUGUCGGAGAUCCUGCGGAAGGAGGAGGAUCCUCGCUCGGCCUCUCAGUCUCUGCUGGUCAACCUGAAGGCCAUGCAGAACUUCCUGAACCUCCCUGAGGGCGAGCGCGACCGUAUUUACCAGGAGGAGCGCGAGCGCAGCAUGAACCCCCCUGUGGGCCUGCCUGCUACCCCUACCUCCAGCCCCGGAGGCCCCCGCCUCUCACAGAAGGUUUGGGAGAGAACGCUGGAUGAGCAGUUAACUCCAGAUGCCUGGGCCUCUAUUUGGAAGAAUAAAACCAAAAUCUCUAACUCGCCAAAGCCACCAGGCCCGGCCUCGGACCUCCCCUUGAAGCUGGAGUCCCUGGUGAACAUCACCUCCGGCAUCUACGACGAGAUCCAGCAGGAGAUGAAGAGAGCCAAGGUGUCCCAAGCACUGUUUGCAAAGGUGGCCGCCAAUAAGAGCCAGGGCUGGCUGUGUGAGCUGCUGCGCUGGAAGGAGAACCCCAGCCCGGAGAACCGGACCCUGUGGGAGAACCUGUGCACCAUCCGGCGGUUCCUGGCCCUGCCUCAGAACGACAGAGACAUGGUCUACGAGGAGGAGUCCCGGCACCACCACAGCGAGCGGCUGCACACUGUCCUGCACCUGCCUGCUGACCCACAGGCGUUGCACAGACCACCCCCACAGCCCCUGAAGGACCACCACCACUCCCCCAUGAGGGAGGAGCCUCUGCCUGCCUCCGCCAACGACGACAGCCCACACACCGCCGGGUCAGGAUGCGGCGGUGGCGGCGGCCUCACAGGAAGCAGUGGCAGCACCUGCGCCAAGAAGCCUCGGUCACGCACCAAGAUCUCCUUAGAGGCGCUGGGGAUCCUGCAGAGCUUCAUCCAGGACGUGGGGCUGUACCCGGACCAGGAGGCCAUCCACACCCUCUCCGCCCAGCUGGACCUGCCCAAACACACCAUCAUCAAGUUCUUCCAGAACCAGCGCUACCACGUCAAGCACCACGGCCGGCUGAAGGAGCUGGGGGAGGGAUUGGCCGUCGCUGGGGGCGUGGAUGUCAGCGAGUACCGGGAAGAGGAGCUUCUCUCCGGUUCCGAGGACCCAGAGUCCAGCGAGGACGGCCACGAAGAGAUGUACCCGUCCUCCGAUGGAGGAGGAGCAGGCGGAGGGACGACUGCGGUCCCCACUAACCUAGCCCCGCCCUCUGGGAACAGCCAAACCCAGGACGAGGCCAAAGACCAGGGACACACUCACCCCCGAGGCCCCAGUAGUUCCUCCUCCUCCAGCCCCCGAGAGCAGGCCGACUACCAGAGAUAAAGACCCCAGAGACCAACACGGAGAGAGAGAGAGAGAGAGAGAGAGAGAGAGAGAGAGAGAGAGAGAGAGAGAGAGAGAGAGAGAGGAGGGACAGAGGGGAGGGAAGGAGAGAGGGAUAGAGGAGUGAGAGGGGUCAACGGCUGAGAAUUGGUGGGAGGACUGAGUAGGAAGUGGCAGGGAUUCAAAUGAGCAGACUCACACUGACCGACAGAUAGACAAACAGGCGUGAGUUCUAAUCAACCUCUCUGACAAAGCCUUGUGGGCUAUCAGAAUGAUAGCAUGAACAUACACAGUUACCUCAGCAGCAAGGAGCAGAGAUAUUCUGUGAGACGGCAUUGGUUAGAUAUAGUUCUACACAGAGGAAGUAUCAAACACACAAACACACCAGUUUGUGGACUCAUGUCUACAACAGAGUAGGAACGUAUCAUCAUGAUCACGUAUCAUCUUCACCACUCUUUAUAUUAGUCGAUCCCAAACAUGCAGCCAGACCCAGUUGGAGUCUAACCUUCUCUCUCCAGUGACUGCUCUCCUUGUUGUCUCUACAACACCCACACACCAAACAUGGGGUCACACCCACUAACCGACCUGAGACCAAAUGCAGAGGAGCUCCAAUUUCUCACGAUGCAGACUGCAAACGCUAUCCUGCUACUCCAGACUAACAAUCCCUAAAGGAAGUGGAUUUCCCUCCCUCACCCGCACACAUCGACUUUCCUCCCCAAACUCUCAUCUCCCCCCUUCCCUGUUCAGCAGCCCACACUAAAGGGGCGUGUACUCUCUCCUUUUCCCUCCACUCUCCGCCAAUCACACCCUAGUUCCUCUUGCCGUCCUCCAGGCCCGUGGGAUUUAGGGACACACCUAAGAGACAGAGGUUUGGCUGGAGAUGCAGAAGGUCCAGGAGGACAUGGGGUGCAAGCACAGUGGAUGCUGAUGCCCGUCCAGCCAUGUCGCGUCUGCAUGGAGACAAAGGGAGGGACGAAAAGGGAGACCCAACCAAACAGUCACUUUAUGUGCAGUAACCCACCCAUUCACUUCCUCUCCCUCUCUUUCUAACCCUAACCCUUCUCCACCACCACCCCACCCCCCCCUCUCCCCCAUUGGUGCCCACAGUGUCCUGUUUAACCACACCUACCCGCACUUAACUCCACCAACCCUAUUUAUUGCUACCUUUAUCCAUGAUUAUUAUUAUCAUUAUUAUCAUUGGUAUUAUGGUUGUUCUUGCUGUCAUCGCUGUUAUUUUGAGUUCUGUUUUGACGGUUUUAAUAUUAGCUUUUGUACACAUGGCGGUUGGGGACAAGAUUUAUUUUUUAUGAGAGCACACUGCCAAAAGAAAACGAAGUGGAAGAAGAAGAGGAGAAAAGAAGCAGUUACUGAACGUCCUUGAGUAAAAUAUAUUGUUUUUGUCGUUUUCCUAAGAGACACAGACUUAGGAAAUCAGUGGGUUCCUCCAGUCGUGCGACGCAGGAAACAAGGGGAAUAAAGUCUGCUUUUGCCUGCAUACGUUGACAAUCUACUUUUUGAGCCGUUCAAAACAUGGUUGUAAAUGUGCGAACACAUCCCGUACUCAUGUGGCUCGUCG